AUGUCGGCACUGGGGCUGCUAUUGCUUGUCGGCGUCCAGGGCGCCACCAUAAUCAGCAUUAAGUAUCCGCCGCAGGGCGCCGAGGGCCUAGAGCGCAGCCAGCCGGCCAAACGAGAUCUGAGUCUGAGCUAUGCGGCUACCAACAUUGACUCCAAGGAGGGAACGCGCGUUAAGACCAUAACAGUGAUCAAAAAUGUGGGCGGCAGCGGCAGCGGCGGGGAGUCGGGCUCGUCGGGUGCAGCGAGCAAUAGGCAAGUGAAGCUGGCCAUCAAUCCCGAGCUGCACAAGAAUGAGGAUUGGGCGAACACGUUUCGUGAUAACUUUGAAUCCUAUGGUGGACUGCCCGAGGUGCCAGACAUAGACGAGCUCUUUGAUUUUGUAAAUGGCAAGAAGACAAAUGCGCCGUCGGCCGAGAAGGAGACAAAGGAGCCAAAGCCGACAAAGCCAACAGUUGUGGAGAGCACAACAAAGGCGCAACCAGCUACGAAGGCGACCAGCGAGCAUGCCGAGGAUGCGUUGGACAGUGAUGAGGCAAUCGUGGAGAAGAUCAAGGGUGAUGCCGAGCUGCUGCCCCACAUCAAACAGGCGAACAUACUGCGCCUGCAAGCGCUGGCACUGAAGCAGAAGCAACAAAGGCAGGAACAAGAACAGGAGCCGGCCAAGCGACUGCGCACGCGCGAAUCUCUCAUCAAUGUCAACUACUCGACGCCAAUGCACUCGGUUAGCCAGUUCUUUGAAAACUAUGUGCAGGUGCUGCCCAAUGGCUAUGACUAUAGCAAGCCACAGCCGUGCGCUCUGCCGGCGCCGCCGAAUAGCAUUCAGGUGACGACACCGUCGGGACGCAGCUACGAUAUACCGCAGAGCAACAGCAGUGGCAUCAACGGCGGCGCCAAUCAUCCCUACUUGGCGCCAGCGCUGGCCAAGCGGACGCAGAUUCAGCCAAGCCAACCGACUCAGCCACAGCCACAGGCACAACAGCCGCCAAACUUCUCCACGGUUAACUCGCUGGUGCCGCCAAUUGUACAGCCACAGCAGGGUAAUAAUCUUCCGGCAAAUGUGCCCCAGCAGCAACAGCAGCCCCAGUCCCCGUCUCUGGGUGCAGGUGCAGGUGCAGGUGGAGCUGGAGGUGCAAGUGCAGGUGUUGGCGCUGGGGCCUCUACCAGCCAGCGACCUUAUGUGGCGCCCAGCCUGCGCAACAAUGGUCUGGGCAUCAAUCGGGGCCCGCCAACACCGCAGCCGCCUCCAUUGCCAGCUUACGCAACUGGAAAUAAUGUCAAUGGUGUGCCCAGCUAUCGCACCAACUCGUUUGGCGCCAAUCGUCCGAACACAUUUCGAUCGCGUGGCUUAAAAUACUAAAUACGUACAUCAAACUGUUAAACUUACAACUAUAUUUUUAAGACUUAUGUAUUUAUGUAUUAUGAAUGCAAGCGUAUUCCUAAAUGUGUACACACAAACAACAACACACUCACAAACGCACGCACAUGCACGCACACGCACACGCACACAGGACCAAAAGUACAGGCUGGAUAAAUCGAUAGCGUUGCCAAACUGUGUUGCGAAAAUUGCAAUCGAUGCGUGACGCGAUGCGCACUUUCUCUGGCGUCGUAGCCAAUAGCUGGGUUUAAUUAAUUAAUUAGGUGCAGAGCAGAACGUUGUAGUUGGGUGUAUCCGCUGCUGGCGCUGAUUUCUAAUGUAUUUGUCGUCGCACUAGUACAUACAUGCAUACAUAUUUCCAUACGUAUGCAUGCAUGUUUGUACUUUUAUCAAUGAACUUUU